AGGAGGCAGAGGUCAACGUUCUCGAAAUCUCAGGUCAAAUGUUUGGAGGACGUCUUCAAGACUGUCCAUUACGUCGAUGCUGGUCUGCGUAUGAAACUGUCCAGGCAACUCAACCUAUCAGAGGGAACCAUUAAUAUCUGGUUUCAGAACAGAAGG